GUCUAGGCAGCCAGUGUACUGUACAACAGCAACACUUUGAGGAUGAUUUCGCGACGGGUGAGCCUCUCUGGAGUUGCGUGGAUAUUGGUGCUGGACCAUCCGUACAUGUUCAAUUACUGACACGGUGUGGCGUUGGAGGUCUUCAAUCUUGAGGCAACAUGAAGACCCGACCCACUGGCAAUGUCUCCAAUGCCGACUGGAUGGGCUCCCUUGCCCCUAAACUCACCUCGAUGCCUCUGAAGCAUUUGGCUGUGCCAGGGUCGCACGACUCUUUCACUUUCUGGGUGGAUGAGAAGGCUCCCGUGGGACCUGACCAGAAGGCUGUGGUCAAACAUCUGGCCGCGGUGUUCCGGCUACUGGCUAAAAAGGUCAUGAAGAAGUGGUCCAUGACCCAGAACCUCACCUUCAAGGAACAGCUGGAUGGCGGGAUCCGCUACUUUGACCUGCGCGUGUCCUCCAAGCCGGGAGAACCGGGCCACGAGAUCUACUUUAUUCACGGGCUGUUUGGACACAAGGUGCGCGAUGGCCUCAAUGACAUCAACAGCUUCCUGAAUGCUCACCGUAAGGAGGUGGUGUUUCUGGACUUCAACCACCACUACGCCAUGGACGAAGAGCACCAUCGCUACCUCAUUCGCAUGCUACAGGAGGUGUUUGGCUCCAAACUGUGCAAGAUCUGUGUGGUGGAGGAGAUCUCGCUCAACUACCUGUGGGAGCAAAAGUACCAGGUUCUGGUGUUCUACCACCACCAGUCUGCCGUGGGCUGCCCUCUGCUGUGGCCGGGGCACAGGAUCCCGGCGCCCUGGGCCAACACCACGGACACCGGCAAGCUCAUCCACUUCCUGGAGACCACGCUGGACGAGCGCGCCAAGUCGGGCUCCUUCCACGUGUCCCAGGCCAUCCUCACGCCGCAGGUCAAGACCAUCGUCAAGGGCCUCGUACGAGGACUACGCAAUCACCUGGUGGAAAGGAAUCUGCCCACCAUCAUGACGUGGGUGGAGUCCCAGAAGCCAGGUGUGGACGGAGUGAACAUCAUCACCUCAGACUUUGUGGAGCUGACGGACUUCGCCAGCACCGUGAUCAAGCUCAACGACCUGCUGCUCGAUGGCCGAGCCGUCAGGUGACCUCUACAGGUGACCAGUAGUCACAUGACCCCUGCCGACUGUCAUGACUCGCUGCACAGGAGCCGAGGGUCACUUCCUGUCACCAAUCCGAGACGCUGCUGAUCAUCAGGGGACACCGUGAUUGGACGAAACCCUGAGAGAGCGGAGAUGUGGCGGUCAGCAGAGGGCUACGUCGUCCAUCUGAAACGGGCGACAGCACGAGACUGUAACCUACUCACCAGCUUUGCCUGAGCCCUCACCACAGCACUGGAGCACUUAGGGCACGAGCUUAACCCUCC